AUGUCCGCCUCCGCUUCCCUCGCGUCCCGCGCGGUGACCGCCAACGCGCCGGCGUUGGUCUCUCGUGCGCGGAUGACCCGUCGCGUCGCCGCCGCGCGCGCGGCGACCGUCCGCGCGGCGAUCGCCGAGCCCCCCGGCUCCUCCGCGUCGGAGGUCAAGAACAGCGAGAUCCAGAUGUUCGAGGGCACCAAGCGCCUGCAGACGCAGGUCGCCGAGAUCGGCGCGGACACCACGUGCAUCCGCUCGCUCGACUGGGACCGCGACAGGUUCGACAUCGAGUUCGGCCUCGACCUGGGCACCACCUACAACUCCUACGUCAUCAAGGGCGCGUCCAAGACUGCCCUCGUCGACGCGUCGCACGCCAAAUUCGAGCAGCUGUACAUCGACACCCUCAAGGGCGUCGUCGAUCCGGCGUCCAUCGACUACAUCGUGUGCUCCCACACCGAGCCCGACCACAGUGGUCUCAUCGGCCCCAUCCUGGAGCUCGCCCCCGACGCCACGGUCGUCGGCAGCAAGGUUUGCAUCCAGUUUUUGGAGAAUCUCGUGCAGAAGCCGUUCAAGUCGCGGGCGGUCAAGGGCGGCGACGUCGUAGACCUCGGCGGCGGCCACGAGCUUCGGUUCAUCAUGGCGCCCAACCUGCACUGGCCGGAUACCAUGUUCUCGUUCGAUCCCGCCACCAAGCUCAUGUACACGUGCGACGCGUUCGGCUCGCACUACUGCACCGAGGACAUGUUUGACACCAACCUCGAGGCGGUGCUUCCCCACUACAGGUUCUACUACGAGUGCCUCAUGAAGCCCAACGCGCGGUCGGUGCUCACCGCGCUCCGCAAGUGCGAGAGCGACGGCGCCAACCCGCUGGACAACGACUUUGCCGGCAUCUGCAACGGCCACGGCCCUUUGCUCAAGUUCAACGUCGAGGAACUGGUCGGCGGGUACAAGAAAUGGAGCGAGGACGCUCUCGAGAAGGCCAAGGCUGCGACCACGGUCUUCUACACGAGCGACUACGGGUUCAGCGACCGUUUGUCUCAGUCCAUCGCGCGCGGUCUGACCAAGGCUGACGUGGAGGUGACCAUGAUGGACAUGAACACCGAGGACACGCAGGAGCUCAUCGAGGCGGUGUCAAAAGCCGCGGGUAUCGUGCUCGUGGUUCCACCCGCCACGGGCCCCGCGCACGAUAACCUCGCCGCGAUCAUCGGCAACAUCAAGAGCAAGCAGAAGAUAUUAAUCGCGGAGUCGUACGGCGGAAACGACGAACCCGUCGGUCCCCUCGCGAGCCAGUUCGCGGGCAUGGGCGUCGAAGAGGUUGUCCCAGCGCUGAAGGUGAAGGAGAACCCCACCGAGGCUACGUACCAGCUCUUCGAGGAGUCCGGCACCGACCUCGGACAGGUGCUCACCAAGAAGGAGACGCUCAAGGCGAUGAAGAACGCCAUGUCCCCCGACGUCGCCAAGGCGCUCGGCCGCGUCUCCGGCGGGCUGUACGUCGUCACGGCGGCGCAGGGAACCGCCAAGUCGGCGAUGAUCGCGUCGUGGAUCGCGCAGGCGUCCUUCGAGCCACUGGGUUUCACCGUCGCCAUCGCCAAGGACCGCGCGAUCGAGUCCCUCAUGCAGGUUGGGGACAAGUUCGUCCUGAACUGCCUCCCCGAGCAGGGCUUCGAGCCGCUGAUGAAGCACUUUUUGAUUCGGUUCCCCCCCGGAGCGGACCGCUUCGAAGGGGUGGAGUGGGCCCCCGCGAGCUGCGGCGCGCCCAUCCUGAAGGAGGCUGCGGCGUACAUGGAGUGCACCGUGACGAGCCGGAUGGAGGCGGCGGAUCACUGGAUCGUGUACAGCGAGGUGCGCGAGGGUAAAGUUUUCAAGGAUGAGAAGACCGCCACCCACCACCGCAAGGUUGCGAGCUACUACUAA